AUGCUAACUGAGCGGCGCGUCGGUGGUCGUCGGGGAUCUGAUAACAGCCUCACAUCCGUAAUUGAGCCAUUGGCUAACGAGCAGCGGAAAAAGAAGGAAAAGAGGAAGACCGAGGAAGACCCGAGGAAGACCCGAGGAAGACCCGAGGAAGACCCGAGGAAGACCCGAGGAAGACCCGAGGAAGACCCGAGGAAGACCCGAGGAAGACCCGAGGAAGACCGAGGAAGACCCGAGGAAGACCCGAGGAAGACCCGAGGAAGACCCGAGGAAGACCCGAGGAAGACCCGAGGAAGACCCAAGGAAGACCCGUGGAAGACCCGAGGAAGACCCGAGGAAGACCCGAGGAAGACCCGAGGAAGACCCGAGGAAGACCCGAGGAAGACCCGAGGAAGACCCGAGGAAGACCCGAGGAAGACCCGUGGAAGACCCGAGGAAGACCCGAGGAAGACCCGAGGAAGACCCGAGGAAGACCCGAGGAAGACCCGAGGAAGACCCGAGGAAGACCCGAGGAAGACCCAAGGAAGACCCGAGGAAGACCCGAGGAAGACCCGAGGAAGACCCGAGGAAGACCCGAGGAAGACCCGAGGAAGACCCGUGGAAGACCGAGGAAGACCCGAGGAAGACCGAGGAAGACCCGAGGAAGACCCGAGGAAGACCCGUGGAAGACCCGAGGAAGACCGAGGAAGACCCGAGGAAGACCCGAGGAAGACCCGAGGAAGACCCGAGGAAGACCCCUGGGUGUAG